CCAACGUAAGGGCAAAAGGAUGAUUAGUCUGACGUGAAUAGAUACCGAGAUUAUCGCAUGGCAACAGGAUUUUAUGUGCUAUAAAUAUGCCAAUUCACUGCUAUCUUUCCAUACAAAAUAUCUGUUCUUCUGUCUCUAAAAGAAAAUGGCUACUUCAGUUCAAAUGAAGCAUGUCUUUGCUGUUUGCGCUGUGAUGUUGUUGACAUGUGCUUAUCAAGCCAUGUCCCGAACAUUGUAUGAAUCUUCUUCUGCAGAAGCAUUCCAGGAUUGGACGUCCCAACACCGACGCGAAUAUGUUGAUGAUGCAGAGAAGGAAAGACGGUUCAAAAUAUUUGCAGAGAACUUGGAAUACAUAGAGAAGUUCAACAACGGUGGGAAGAAGAGUUACAAGUUGGGGCUGAAUCCAUUUUCUGACUUAACCGAAGAAGAGUUUAUCGCUUCACACACAGGACUCAAGCUCAAUUCAAGCCAACCACGCUCAUCCUCAGCUACAUACUUGAGUGUCGAUGAUAAUGUUCCAGAAAGCUUGAACUGGAGAGACAAAGGAGCCGUCACCCCUGUUAAGGACCAAGGUCGAUGUGGAAGCUGUUGGGCGUUUUCAGCCGUGGCCGCUGUAGAAGGCAUUUUCCAAAUCCAAAAACAGAAGUUGGUGCCGCUCUCAGAGCAACAAUUAGUGGACUGUGAUAACGAUAGCAACGGGUGUGAUGGAGGUUUACCGGAUCAUGCAUUCAACUAUAUCAUAGAAAACGGGGGUAUCGCUGGCGAAACUGACUACCCAUACCGAGGAUCUGAUGGAACAUGCCAGACGACACAACUCGUAGCUCAAAUAACUGGAUAUAAAGACGUGCCUCGUAAUAAUGAAGAGCAACUACUACAAGCCGUGGCCAAACAACCAGUGUCAGUUGGCGUUGCUGUUAAUCAAAACUUUAAGGCAUACGAGAGCGAUGUAUUUGAAGGACCAUGUGGCUAUAAUCUCAACCACGCAGUUACUGUAAUUGGUUAUAACACCACCGAAGACGGCAAGAAGUACUGGUUGAUCAAGAAUUCAUGGGGUGAGAGAUGGGGAGAGAAAGGUUACAUGAAGUUGCUGAGGGAAAGUGGUGAACCUGGAGGUGUUUGUGGCAUCGCUAUGCAAGCUUCAUAUCCAGUUAUGCAGUAAUUUCAAAACAAAUUUCCUGAAUCCGUUUGUGUCUGCGUGCAUGCAUGCUGUUCUGUUGUUACGGGAGCAACUAGUAUUGUAGUAAGUUUAAGCAUCGUUUUUUCUUUGUCUCCAUCUACUGUAGUACUCGUCGUUUACCAUAUUUUCAAAAACUAGCUUUCUCCAUGUCUUUUACUUUGUAAAAGUACGAAGUUCUUCGCUUCGUCUAUGAAUCAAUGAAUUAUACACAAUUAUUAAUGAUUAUGUGGGAAAAUGUUAUUACA